AUGUACGGACCCUCAAAAACAGGCAUUAACUUUCCGCACACGUUGCUAGGUACAGAAAUUACUGUUCAAGAGAAAAAUGUUAUUCCUGAGAAAACUCUUGAAAUUAUCAAUAUUCAAAUUGAUAAAGAAUUUGCUGAUUAUGCAGAGUGUGAUGUAUUAAGUAAGGAAAACAUAAUUCCUGAAGAAAAAGAACCUGUCAACUCUGCUAAUACACCACAAGGUAAUCAGAGCCAUUUGUUUGAGUUUAACAGCAUAUUAGGCUUGGAAGCAAACGGUAUGUUCAAUGCCGUUGAACAAUAUUUCACAAAGUGGGGAGACGGAGGAAACACGGAGGGAAAACCGAGCGUGAUAGAUGGUCAAGGGUCAAAUUUUUACAGUGCCGAGGAAAACCACUGA